AUGCCUGACAGCACGCCAACCUGGGACUUCACCGGCACCUCCGCCUUCCCCGCCGCCUCCUCGAAACCCCCGCAUAUGCCCAUGCGCGCCCUCUCCAAGCGCCGCGGCGUGCACUGGGUCCAGUACUCCCCUCCCUCUGCCUCCGCGCACGCGCACGCGCACCCCGACACCUCCUCCGCAUACCUGCAGUUGCACAGCGAUACCCCCUUCCCGCGCAAGUGCGCGUCCGACGAUGCGCUGCGCGGCCGCACGCAGGACGGCUCCUCGACGCCUGACGCGUUCGCGCAGACGCAGCGCGCAGUCCGGAGGAAAAAAAGCUCGUUCGACCUGCGGGACUUGUUCCUCACCGGGGGCGUGCCUCCCGGCCACCGCGCGCCCUCUGCAUCUGAAUCAUAGGACCACUGGCGGGCUUCUUGUUACGACUGUCAUGACCUUCACGACCACCAUGCGGACAUUUCUUGCUGCUGUCCGACUACAGAAUGAGGUUAUAUUGCGGGCGUUGUAGAGCGUUGGGCUCACGGACUUGGGCUCAUGGACUAGAAGUGUAUGACGUCACUAAAAGACAUGUAAUGUAGUAUGCAU